CUUCUUGCAGGAGGCUGUGUGUUAAACUUCACAUCCAUUCCAUUCCAACCAACUGGGGAGUGCCUCUCUCACGUAGGACAUAAAAUAAACGUUUGGGGAAGCUACACCACAAGCCCGUGCUGCCAAAAAGUCCUCACCACCAUGUCCGAAGCCUUAGCCAUUCACGCAGUCAAGACUCAGGGCAGUGCCAGUGUCUUUCUUCCAGAACAAGAAUGGAAAAACUGCAGCGGCCCUUUUCAGAAGGAGCGAGGCGUGUCUGCAAAAAACUGUCAUUUUGAUGGCCUUUACUAUGGUAGCAGCGCGUGCUCGAACACAACUCUUGCAUCCAUCAAGAAAGAGCAGGCCUUCCAAAACGCGAUAAGUAAUUGCUCAAACCUUAGCAAUGCGUUUGAGGAUGUUUGCGGCAAUUGCAGCAAGGCGGUAUUAGGCUUGAGGGACGAUUUGCUGAAUGCAUAUGAAGUGAAGGAUGGGAACGCAACUGAGACGGGCAUAUGUGGUAUAGCAGCUGUUAUUUCUGUUUUAGAAGAGAAGAUGAACAAUACCUUUUCAAUCGACAAUGACUUUAUGUUGUGUAUGUCUUUUUUAGACACCUUCGAACCAGGCUACAUCAAAAUCAAAUAUUCUUUGGCAGAAGCGAUACUUUCCAUCUUAAUAGGCAUCACCGCUGUGACACUGAUCAUCCUGCUGAUAAAAUUUGUGACCAAGAAGCAGCCUCAAAAACCAGUUCGCUCGGGACCGAUUACUACAUGGUCUGGCCUGUACAGGUUCUCCAAGGCCGAGAUUGAGAAUGCCAUUAAUACUGAAAGAAAGGACCUUGGACGAGGAAGCGCUGGUCAAGUUUAUAAAGGGGUUCUUCCGAGCGGGCAAGUGGUGGCCAUUAAGCACAUUAACAAGAGCAACACAUCCGAUUCAUUUACUAGAGAAGUGGAAGGCCUUUCGAGGGUUCGACAUCCAAACUUGGUUUGCCUCUUUGGUUGCUGCGUCGAAGAUGGCGAACAAUAUCUUGUGUAUGAAUAUUGCGCUAAAGGGAAUCUAGCUAAACACCUCCUAAGAAACGAUCCUGUCUUAACAUGGGAAAGAAGAGUUAGGAUUCUAAGAGAUUGUGCACUUGCUUUGAGAUAUCUCCACCAUUAUAUUGAUGGAUGCAUUGUUCAUAGAGAUAUUAAGCUUACAAACAUCCUUUUGACGGAUAACUUGGAACCCAAGCUAUCUGAUUUCGGGCUGGCAAAAAUGUUGGGUAUGGAGGAGAGCAAAGUAUUUACAGAUGUUAGAGGAACCAUAGGCUACAUGGAUCCAGAGUACAUGACCAAUGCCAAGUUAACCUGCGCGAGUGAUGUCUACAGUUUCGGCAUUGUUGCCCUGCAACUGCUAUCGGGGCAAAAAGUAUUUGAGCUGGAUCUUGAUGCUAGAGACCAACUAACAAGAAAGGCAAAGGAUAUAAGUAUGAACAAACGCCCUCCUGAGGAUCUUGAGGACCCAAGACUGAAUGGAAAUGUGAACAAGGCGGACUUUGAAUCGAUCCUUCAAGUUGCAGUACUUUGCGUUGCCAAAUCAAGCAAAGGCCGCCCUACGAUCGAUCUUGUUUUCGAAGAGAUGGACAAGGCUUGGAAGAACACUCUUGCUGACAUGAAGGCAAGGAAUAAAGGGAUAAGUUCAUCAGCAACACCACUGUCUAUGUCUUCCGAUGUGUUUUCAGUCUGACUUGCAAUUAUGAUCUAAAAAGUUUUUGGCUGUUGUGUGUAGGUCUUAUUCCUGAAGAGUAAGAUUGGAGUUAAUUUUGGGUCUUUGACCGCGUUUGUUUGGUGUUUAGUUAUCGGAAAAUAUGUACAAAUAGAACUGGAGGACUUUAA